AUGCAUGGAAACAAGUCACUGAUCACAGACUUCAUCCUUCUGGGAUUUGAGGAACUCCACAACCUUCAAAUCUUUCUAUUUCUGCUGUUUUUGGUGAUCUACAUUUUAACUAUAUUGGCCAACUUCCUCACCUUUCUCUUGAUGGUGACAGAUCAGCAUCUACAUACUCCCAUGUAUUUCUUUGUGGGAAAUUUAUCCUGCCUGGAGAUGCUGUACAGCUCAGCCAUCCUACCCAGAUUGCUGUCUAGUCUCUUGACAGGGAACAAAACCAUAUCUUUCAAACAAUGUAUCACACAGCUAUAUUUCUUUGCUUGCCUAGCUGGUACAGAAUGUUAUCUUCUCUGUGUAAUGUCUUAUGAUCGUUUCUUAGCUAUAUGCAAACCCCUUCAUUAUGCAGCUCUUAUGAAUGGAAAGCUUUGUAUCCAGUUAGCAGCUGGGUCCUGGAUCAAUGGGAUUGUGUUUAGUUCAAUAUAUCUGGCUUUUAUGUUACAGCUUUGGUAUUGUGAUCACUAUGAAAUUGAUCAUUUCUUUUGUGAGUCUCUAUCAUUCCUUGAAAUAUCAUGCAGUAAUACCAGUUUCAUCAAACGAGUCAGUGUAAUCAUGGCUAUCAUAUUUACGUUUCCACCAUUUCUUUUGACUUUAUUGUCCUAUAUAUAUAUUAUUGCUGCCGUCAUGAAAAUUCCAUCCACUACUGGAAGGCAAAAGGCUUUUUCCACCUGCUCUUCUCACUUGAUUGUUGUCUCUCUUUUCUAUGGUGCCUUAAUGAUUGUGUACAUAGUACCAAAAAUUGAAACCAUGAAAGACAUUAACAAAAUAUUUUCUCUUUUGUACACAGUCUUGCCUCCCAUAGUCAACCCUUUGGUAUAUAGCCUGAGAAACAAGGAUGUUAGGGAAGCCCUGAGAAAGGCUGUUGGAAAGAUUCUGGAAGGGCGAUUUGUGAAUCAGAAAUUAAAAGUGUGA